AUGAGGAAGAAGCUCGAUACUCGGUUCCCAGCUGCUCGUAUUAAAAAGAUUAUGCAAGCUGAUGAGGAUGUUGGCAAGAUAGCUUUGGCAGUGCCUGUUUUAGUUUCGAAGUCUUUGGAGUUGUUCUUGCAAGACCUUUGCGAUCGUACAUAUGAGAUUACUCUCGAAAGAGGAGCCAAGACCGUGAGCUCAUUGCACUUAAAACAUUGUGUGGAAAGAUAUAAUGUGUUUGAUUUUCUGAGGGAAGUUGUGGGUAAGGUCCCUGACUAUGGCCAAGCGCAAGGCCCUGGGAGUGGUGAUGCUACCAUGGAGGAUCGCAGCAUCUCCAAGAGAAGGAAACCUAUCAGUGACGAAGUGAAUGAUAGCGAUGAGGAAUAUAAGAAAAGCAAAACGCAAGAGAUAGGAAGUGCUAAGCCCAGUGGCAGGGGUGGUAGAGGGAGAGGACGAGGAAGAGGUCGUGGACGAGCUGCAAGAGCAGCCGAACGAGAGAAUCUGAACCGCGAGAUGGAACUUGAGACCGCCAUGGGGGAACUGCAACCUCCUCAAGACUGUAUCCAGACGCAUGCUUCAGAGUCAUCACCACAGAAGAAGGAUGUCGACGGCGGCAUUGAAGCAUCAAACGAAGACACCAAGCAAAAACUUCAAAGUCCAAAAGAAGGCAUUGACUUUGAUCUCAAUGCUGAAUCUCUCGACCUAAACGAGACCAAACCGACACCAGUCGCAGCCACAGACGCGGCCACAGCCUCAGAGGAAUAUCCGGGCUGGCCUAUGGAGCUGGGCAAAAUAGAUCCAGCACAGCUUGUAAGUUUGGGAAAGAGGAUAGACGAGGAGGAGGAGGAAGAUUAUGACGAAGAAGGUUGA